GUUGAGGGCUCCGAGCGGCGCCUCCAUUUAAAGGGGCCGCGACCCGAAUCCGGGUUCUGGGUAGAGCGGGCGGCGCAGCACCGGGAGAGCCAGUUGCCAUCUUCUAAAUGGAUUCCAGUGAAUUUUCAGGAUCUUUGGACCCCCUGUCCUUGCCUGACAAACCGCUCAUUGGUGAUCUCCCUGCUGACAUGGAGUUUGGUGAAGAUCUCCCGGGCUCCCAAACAGCUUCUACCCAGGAAGUUUCAGUUGUUCAGCCCCCUGGCUGGGACCAAUCCAAGCAGAUGACUGCAGAUGAGGACUUGGACCUUGUAGUGAAAGCAGACAGUGUGUCUGAACUAAAUAAAUCAAAUGACUGUGCUCUAGAUAAACCUGAUGUCUUGGAGAUGCUGGAGAAACCUGGUGUCUUAGAUGAUUUGGGUAAAACCUCUGACUUGGUGGAUAAACCAGAGGGUCUGGAUGGGCUGCGUAAGGCACAACCUUCCCAGGACGUGGAGGGUGGACCAGCAGACUCCUCUGCCCUGUCUAGGGAAGCCAUUGGUCCAGAAGCAGGGAAAGAAGGGGAGGAUGCACCAAAAAAUUGUUCUGGGAAUGUAAAGGAAGAUGGUGCUGCUGCUAUUCCUGCACUGUCUGGUGACAAUGCCCCUGGAUCACCCCAACAACCUGUCCCUGACUCCAGGGACCUCAGCAGUGCCCCAGCCAUGGAAGAAACCACAGCACAGUCCUCAAAUCCCACAGUGCCCCCACCCCAAAUCAGUCUUAAACAAACAAAGAAGAUGAAGUUGAAGGCACCAAGGAAAAGCUCACCUGUGCAGAGGGAAGGGCUGGCAGGGGAGGCAGAGGUACAACUGAGCCCAGACAACAGAACUGCAGCUUUGCCCCCUGAGCCUGUGGAGAAAAACCGGGCAGAGGAAGGGGAUGAUAAUGGGAAGAACUCACUUAAAGAAAACAGUGUACUCAAAGCACAGGAAGCCUUACCACCAGCAGGAGAAAGCCUGUCUGGGAAGGGAAGCGAGCCGCCGGCUGAGAAGGAGCAGAAAAGAAGCGAACGACCCAGAAGAUCAGAAACUGUCAGGCCUGAGACUGUGAACUCCUCAGAGAGCAUUCCAGUCUCUGAUGAAGACUCUGAUGCGAUGGUGGAUGAUCCCAACGACGAGGAUUUUGUCCCUUUCCGUACGCGGCGCUCCACUCGGAUGUCGCUGCGCGCUCAGAUGGCGCAGCGAGCCGCCCGCUCCACCUUCACCAAGAUGACGUGUGCCAACUGCAGGACCCCCCUGCAGAAGGGCCAGACUGCCUACCAGCGAAAAGGGCUUCCUCAGCUCUUCUGCUCCAGCUCCUGUCUCACCACCUUCUCAAAAAAACCGCCUGGCAAGAAGAUAUGCACCUUCUGCAAAAAGGAGAUCUGGAACACCAAGGACUCUGUGGUUGCCCAGAUUGGUUCAGGUGGCUCUUUCCAUGAGUUCUGCACCUCUGUCUGCCUUUCCCUCUACGAGGCCCAGCAGCACAGACCAGCACCUCAGUCUGCAGAUGCCUCGGACACCAGCCGCUGCAGUGUUUGCCACAAACCUGGCGAGAUCCAGCACGAGGUCAGCAAUGGGAACGUGGUUCACCGCAUCUGCAGUGACGCCUGCUUCACCAAGUUCCGGGCCACCAAGGGGCUGAAAACGAACUGCUGUGACAACUGUGGACUUUAUAUCUACAACAAGGGCUUGCCCCUGGAGUACCUCUUCCAUGAAGGCCAGCAAAAACGCUUUUGCAACUCUGCGUGUCUCAACAGUUACAAGAAGAAGAACACUCGGGUCUACCCCUGCAUGUGGUGCAAGACACUGUGCAAGAACUUUGACAUGCUGCCCAACGUGGAUCGCAGUGGCAAGAUGGGCCUGUUCUGCUCCAUCUGCUGCACUACCUCCCACAAAGUGAAGCAGUCAGGCUUAGUUGGUCCCCCUAGACCCUGCAGCUUCUGCAGAAAGAGUUUAUCUGAACCCUGCUAUUACAACAAGACAGACCGGGUUGUCUACCAGUUCUGCAGCCCCAGCUGCUGGACCAAAUUCCAGCGCACCAGCCCGGAAGGUGGGAUCCACCUCAACUGCCAUUACUGUCACAAUCUGUUCAGCGGGAAGCCGGAGAUCCUAGACUGGCAGGACAAGGUGUAUCAGUUCUGCUGCAAGGACUGCUGCGAGGACUUCAAGCGGCUGCGUGGGGUGGUGUCUCAGUGUGAACACUGCAAGCAGGAGAAGCUGCUGCAUGAGAAGAUCCGUUUCUCUGGAGUGGAGAAGAACUUCUGCAGCGAAGGGUGUGUGCUUCUUUACAAACAGGAUUUCACCAAGAACCUGGGCCUGUGCUGCAUCACCUGCACCUACUGUUCUCAGACCUGCCAGCGGGCGGUCACCGAGCAGCUGGAGGGCAGCACCUGGGACUUCUGUAGUGAAGACUGCAAAAGCAAAUACUUGCUCUGGUACUUCAAGGCAGCUCGGUGCCAUGCCUGCAAGCGUCAGGGGAAGCUGCUGGAAACCAUCCACUGGCGGGGGCAAAUCAAACACUUCUGCAACCAGCAGUGUCUGCUGCGAUUUUACAAUCAACAGAACCAGCCCAACCUGGACACGCAGAAGGGGCCCGAGAGCCUGCUGAACAGUCAGACUUCAGAGCCAAAACCAGCUGUCCCUUCCACACAGAAGGCAGAAACUAACAUGCUGUCAGCAAAGGCCUCCUCAGCCCAAACGUCUCCAGCUGUGCCGCCUCCCGCCCCACCUCUGGUUCCAGCCACCCCUCGGAAAAACAAAGCUGCCAUGUGUAAACCACUGAUGCAGAACCGGGGUGUCUCCUGCAAGUUUGAAAUGAAGUCCAAAGGAUGUCAGACAGAGGCUGACUGGAAGCCCCAGCUGGUUGUGUUGCCAAUCCCCGUCCCGAUCUUCGUGCCUGUGCCUAUGCAUAUGUACUGCCAGAAAGUACCUGUGCCUUUCUCCAUGCCUGUCCCGGUGCCUGUGCCAAUGUUCCUGCCCACCACACUGGAGAGCACAGAGAAGAUCGUGGAGACCAUUGAGGAACUGAAGGUGAAGAUCCCCUCCAAUCCCCUAGAGGCUGACAUCCUGGCCAUGGCUGAGAUGAUUGCAGAGGCUGAGGAACUGGACAAAGCCUCCUCAGACCUGUGUGACCUGGUGAGUAACCAGAGUGCAGAGGGUCUCCUGGAGGACUGUGAUCUGUUUGGACCAGCGCGGGACGAUGUGUUGGCUAUGGCUGUCAAGAUGGCAAAUGUCCUCGAUGAGCCAGGCCAGGACCUGGAGGCUGACUUCCCUAAGAACCCUCUGGACAUCAACCCCAGUGUGGAUUUCCUCUUUGACUGUGGGCUAGUGGGACCAGAUGAUGUGUCCACAGAGCAAGAUCUGCCUCGAGCUGUCCGGAAGGGGCAGAAGCGCCUGGUGCUCUCUGAAAGCUGUUCCCGGGACUCGAUGAGCAGCCAGCCCAGCUGUACAGUGCUCAACUACUCAUAUGGUGUGAAUGCCUGGAAGUCCUGGGUACAAGCCAAGUAUGCAGGAGGAGAAACCAGCAAGGGAGAGGAGCUACGCUUUGGCCCCAAGCCCAUGAGGAUCAAGGAAGACAUCUUAGCCUGCUCAGCCGCUGAGCUCAACUACGGCCUGGCCCAGUUUGUCAAGGAGAUAACCCGGCCCAAUGGGGAGCGCUAUGAACCGGACAGCAUCUAUUACCUCUGCCUUGGCAUCCAGCAGUACCUGCUCGAGAACAAUCGUAUGGUGAAUAUAUUUACAGACCUUUACUACCUGACCUUCGUGCAGGAGCUGAACAAAUCCCUGAGUGGCUGGCAACCCACAAUCUUACCAAAUAACACAGUUUUCUCCCGUGUCGAGGAGGAGCACCUCUGGGAGUGCAAACAGCUGGGUGUUUACUCACCCUUUGUGCUUCUCAACACCCUCAUGUUCUUCAACACCAAGUUCUUCGGGCUGCAGACAGCGGAGGAGCACAUGCAGCUCUCCUUCACCAACGUGGUGCGCCAGUCCCGCAAGUGCAGCACAGCCCGUGGCAUGACAAAGGUAGUGAGCAUCCGCUACUACGCUCCUGCCAAGCAGAAGAAAAGCCGAGAUGGCGGCUCUGGAAAACGGAAGCGUGAGGAGGAGGUACCGAUGCUGGAGCAGCGGGAGAACAGGAUGAAUCCCCUCCGAUGCCCAGUCAAGUUUUAUGAGUUUUAUCUCUCCAAAUGUCCCGAGAGCCUGCGGAACCGCAACGACGUGUUCUACCUGCAGCCCGAGCGGUCGUGCAUCGCCGAGUCCCCGCUCUGGUACUCGGUGAUCCCCAUGGACCGCAGCAUGCUGGAGAGCAUGCUGAACCGCAUCCUGGCCGUCAGGGAGAUCUACGAGGAGCACAGUCGGCUCAGCAGCCUGGAGGAUGACAUGGACUAAGGCAGAGGUGCUGCUGGACUGGCUGCACUCCAGCCUGGACACCUCAUCUUGCUGCUUGCCGUUGCAGGGCAGGGGCCAUGCAGCAUAGGAAGGGAUGGUGCUGCAGCAGUGCUGUCCCUGCAUCAUUACCAGACUUGGACCUCCCAUCCUG